AAAAAUUUUACCUGAUCAAAGUUUAACAACUUGUUCUUCAUCCAUUGAAGAGCUGUUAUCAGAUUUCCCUGUCCAGCAUGAGCACCAAACUGUCAUCCGACCUCAUCGCUUGGCAGAUAUCUGAAGUGUCUUCCCUAUUUUCAUUUCAAUGAAGAUUUCAUACGACGAUGAAAGAAAAAGCUCGGUCGGUUACAUAAGAGGAGGCCAGACCUUCCUCCAACCACAAUAAGGCCAGGAGUGAGGGCAGCGCGGGGAAGGGGUUGCACCGCGAGAAAUGAUGGGGUCAAACCGUGUCCGGUCACCGGAGGAGUUGUUGGUGCCUCGAUUAUGUCCAAGUACGAGACAGAGAGACAGCAACUCAUCCCGAUCACCUCCAGCCCCGAGUACCCUUUGUCUCAAAAUACGGCUACUCUAGCCGCAAAUGAGCUAAUCACUUCCAGUCCGUUGUCCCUGGUCUUCCAGCCUGAUGGUCAAUCAACUCCUGAACCCACGCCAUGUCUUAGUCUGGAGCCUCAUAGCUCCUUUACUUCUUCCUGUGAUCACAAAAAGAUCACUCACACCGCAGAAACUCACUUGCCAAGUGCUGCCCAGCUUUCCAAUCCGCAAUCAAAUGAGUUACCUGAUAGAUCCUUACCUGUUCCUUGCUUCUUCCCGCGACAAUCUUUCACCAAUGACGAGUCUUCUGACCGAGCGUUUGGUAACCUAACUGGGCUCACUGAUGCCCCUCUCUCAUAUAAUGAUCUCGAUGAAGAUUUCUCUAAUUUAUGUAAAUCGAAAAACACGAAUGAAAGUUCGGAGACAGUACCAAUACCAAAAGAUGUUUUAGAUAACAAAGAGGACACUAAAAGCCACUUGUCAGCGUCUCCAGACUUUUGGCGACGCGUUUCGCCUCAACUCACUUACAUUGACAGUUGCAGUUACGGUGGAAGCCAUCGUAGCGGCAGCAUUCACAGCAGUAACAGUGUUCCAAGAGAACGUAACGGUGAACGAGAUUCCAAGGACGAUUUGCUGAUCGAGUCUCAGAAGGAGAAAAUAAAUAAUUAUUAUAGAGACCAAGAAACACUAGGUGUCCGUUUGGACCAACCUCUGGACAGCGAGAGAUCUGUAACUUGGAACUUGCCUAGCAACGCAGUCAGUACUAAGUCGUUAAAUCACCAUGAGCUUUCAAAGAAAUCAGAUGAGCCUUGCAGCGCAGACACAAACGCUUAUCAAGAACUGAAAACUGAAGAACAAAACGACUGCCAAACUGUGGCGAGUAAGGAUGUCACCGAUAGAGGUUUCUUCGCUAGGUUACGGCAAAAAUUAACCUCCAUCAGAUCUAUGCAUUAUGAUGAAAACUUCCUAUCAACAACAUCAGAAACUGGGGACAAAAUUUCAAUUAAAAUAGACAAGAUAGGUGAUCAAGAAGCUUCUGAGACGACUAAAGAAAAUGAAAAAGGACAUUUGUCUCCUCACUCCAGACCCCUUCCUCCCUCCUCUACCAACAUCUCAGCGAAGUCUGCCAACACCGUUACGGCCUCACUUAAGGCUGGAAAGAAAGAUAUUCCUGAUACGUGUUCAGAACGAAAUCCUAAUUUAUCAAGCACCGAAAGUGCAAUCGCUCGCGAAAAAGACGAUGAAGUGACUACACUUUCCGUUAAACCGGAAACUAAGGAAAAAAGGGGAAAGUUAAAGCGAUACUUCAGUUUGGACAGCUCACCUGCCGGUAAUGUCAGAUACCAGGACGAAGGCACGUCCUCUCACCAGUCUUCCUUCCUGCCUUGCCCUGUUCACCGACAUGAGCAAUGUCCUUCGUCCAAGACUUCUUGCCGUGCCAGGGCACUGGCGUACGCAGGACGCGCGUUCGACAAACAACGACCAUUUGGCAGAAGUCGUGUGGACCGCAGCGCCCACUACUACCAGAAUCAAUAUUACAUGGAAAAAGAUCUGCGAUAUUACUUCCAGCAUCCAUGGUUCAGACUCUUCGUGGCUUACCUAGUCAUAUUCUGCAACUUCCUCCUCUUCGCUGAAGAUCCACUGUCACAUAGCCACACAGAGUCGAACAUCAACAUGGUGGGGAACGUGUUUAGUUUCGUAGCGACGAAGUACCCUAAGGAGUGGUACUGGAAACUCGUCAAAGUUGUGAUGUGGGUGUUGGCUGUGAUGAGCGGCAUGCUCGUGGGCAAGGUUCUCAUCCACGGGCUUGUCUGCAAAAGAAUAUUCAGACUUAAGAUGUUCAGACAUGAGCAAGGGUCAUGGAUGUGCAUGUUUCUGACAGUGAUAGUCUCCAUGUACAUGUUCUCGUACGUGUACAACUUGUUGCUGCUCAUCGGCCAUCCUCAACACUUCAGAUGGCAAAUCACCUCGGCCAUGGGCCUCAGCAACCAAAACAUGAUGAAGGCAGCGGCAACAUGCACAUGGCUGGGAGACCUGGUCACCGCCCUAAUGGUCACCGACAUGAUGUUGCAAGACAGACUCUACCCUCACUGGGGCACGAAAUUCCGACGCCUCUACAACCUAUCAAACGUGCCCCGGAUACUCAUCUUCUGGGUGGGCAGCAUCGUCGUGUCUGUAGUGGUCAUCUUCCUCAUCGUGUCUGACUACAUCAGCUGGGAUAAACUCAAUCAAGGAUUUGUUGAGACCACUGAACUUUCACGCGCCUUCCUGGCGUCUUUCAUCUUAGUAAUGGACCUGUUGAUCGUGAUGCAAGAUUGGGAUUUUCCACACUUUACCUCAACCGUGGACGUUAACUUGCCUGGCUUCUCGACACACACUCUGCACUGGCGCUGGGCCAAGUUAUCGUUCACGGGCAAGUGGUUCAACUACGGCAUCAUCUUCAUGGUCAUGAUAUUUGACCUCAACAUGUGGAAAAAUCAGAUCUUCUAUAUUCCUGAGGAUUACGGCCAGUAUGUCGACCCAGUUUCACACAAAGUUUACAUCGUGGAAGACGAAGCAAUUUUGGACACAGGGAACCGAACGUUGUGGUCGUGGUCGUACCGUUCGCAGGUACAGCCGGAAACUGGCAAGUCUUUACAAGACGGCGACCAGUUCAUGUACUCGCGCUGGAUGGGCUACAGCACCGUAGAGAAAUGCACGGCCUUCAUCCCCAACGUCUUGGGCAUGACGAUGUUCUUCACCCUCAUCACUCUCUACGGCAGAUUCCCACCUAAUCAGGACGGCACCUACGGCGGUCGUCUAAAGAAGCGUCCUCGGUCCUCCUGGCGGCAAGAGAGGAGGUCGAUAUGCGAGCACUACUGCGACGUCGAGCAAGCGUGUCCCCCGUCCCUGUUGGGCGACUCCCUGUACCGAGGAUCGAAGUGCCCCAACUGCGUGUACCAGGGCACCAAGUGCAUGUCCAGAGGUUCUUCGUCACAGCCGGACUUCAAAGAUGCACAUCACUCGGAUUCCGCGUUAGCGUCAAACCAUCCUGGCGUCUGCGAGUCCCAGCUAGACGACGAGGAUUCGUCCCAUAAACAAUACACGGUAACGCAGCACUCUGACCCUGGGCUCUUGGAUGGUAGGACCGCUAGAGGGACGCAAAUGUGUUCAAAUCCCGACUACCGAGAUAUUAGGAUGCUUGAAAACGAAAUGAAAUCAAGUGACCGUAGAGGCAGUUAUGAAUUAGAAUUACCUAAAAAACCCGAGCCAAUUUCAGAAGACUCUGAAUGUCGUCAGGGUGAACUGGAUCUUGGCAAUACUUCUCAUAGAAAACUUGACGAGAAUUUUCCUACUAACAAGGCAACGCAACAAAAUACUUUACGACAAAAGUGUUAUAAAAUUUUGUAUUCAAAGAGAAAAAAGGAGACGGAUGUGCUGGAAAAAUAUCCUCAUGGGCUUGAAAGUGUUAGUUAUAAAAAAGAUGCUGAUGCUCUCGAAACGGUUGGUAUUGAACCAAAUCAAGACGAUUUGUUGAGCACUGAGCACGUAUCUGCACGAAUCGGAAAGGUUCAUCAACGUAAUUUUAAGUUAUCUAGCAUAAAACUCUUUAGAAAACGGCACUCUAGUUCUCCGAAUAUGCAUCGUCGUUCUCUCCGAGAUAGCGCCGGGGCCGAAAGUGAACUAGAAUCUUAUGAGACUGAAGGUGCAGUACCUCAUGACCGUGUUCUCCUCAACCGUCCACCUGGUGCUGUAGGAGUGGAAUGGGUUGAAGAAGCAGAAAUUGAAGAAGUUCUCUUCGUAAAGCCGGACUGCAAUGAGGAUACAGCUAUAUCCUUACCAAACGAUUUUCCAGAAUCUCCACACUCAAGCGUUAGUGAAAACUUGAACAGAAUUAAUUUUGGAAGCAUUCCAAGCGUAAAUCUAUAACAGUGGGCUAUUAUAUAAACAGUUGGUGCGGUCCUUAAAAGUGAUUUGAUCUUUACUUAAAGCUAAGCUGUUGUUGUAGAUUCAGAGGAGAUUUUAUUUCUGAUAAAAAAUGCAAACUACACGCUAUUGCAUAAUCUUCUAUACUAUUAUUAGAGAUAAUAAAUUAUAUUAUCUAUGAAAACACAAGAAACUCACAAUGGCAAGACUCACAAGGAAUGAAAAUCCUUUUAGUAUUAAAAUUUUACAAUUCUGUCGAUACCACGACAAAAAAUUUUUCCCAUCCCAGUACCGCAAACCCAGAUCAUCAAAAAAUUUAUGGGUAAUCGAACGAUAUUCUCGUGAAUGCAGCCACGGCAGCUUCUUACUAGAACAUUUAAUUCUUCAGCUAUACUUGUGGAACCAAAAUAUCUCGGAAUAUCUCAAAAUAAUAAUAUCUCAAAUUAUCUCUUUGGUACGCACUCUUUUAAAUUUAAUUGAGCGCCCUAUUACCCAUUAAUCUAUUGAAAUUUCAGCCACCCGCAACUACAGGGAAGAAAUAGAAUAUCUAAAUAUACGGUACUGAAUUCACUGUCGUCCUACCGCAUCAGCUGUGAACUUUAUUAUACUAGUUUGCUAUGCACGGUGCAAGAACUUGGUUUUGCUAUACUUCAUGCUUUGUUGAGAUUGUUCUAUACUUUUAAGUCAGCUAUGAAUCUUUUAAAUAAUGAAAACAAUUAUUUUUCCUACGUACUUAGAAUUACUAGUAUGUACAAUUGCUUUGGAGGAACUUGCUUCUCUGUAUGAUUUUACUAUUAUGAAAAUAAGUUAAUUACGGCACCUAAUAAUUGAAUCAUUCAGGUAUAAUUAGUCUUUUAACCACAGUGAACGUUGAUCGAAUAAAGUUUACAACACACAUAUUCAAACUAGAGAACGUUGAUGGUUUUUGUUUGUUUGAAAUGAAUCUUCGUCGCAUUUAACCCAAAUACAAGGCAGAGAUGCCGCUUCUUCAACAAUGCCCUCACUGCAGUCUUAUGAACGUUGGCUGUUUAAAGAGUUGAUGAGUGCGUGUAGUUAGGAUCGAUAGCUUUCUAUCUAUUUUGUACUGAUGAUAAGAGUGUUAUUCAAUUGACGCUGUAUGUGUUUUACUGCAAUGUAGCUUUGUAGAUUAUUUGUAUGUGUAUUGAUAGUUAUCAGUGUAGUCGUAAUCCAACACUGCUUCCAAGCGAAUCUUCUCCAUGCAAAGAGAAGCUGCUGCGAUAACAUUACCUAAUCUUGCGAAGCCAAACUUGUCUUCGAUCUCGAAAAAUCGUUAUUUAUGUUUUUUUAAACUUAAUGAAAUUUCUAACUCAUUUUUUUUAAUUUGUGUGAAAAACUCAACAUUGAAAACGUAGAAAUUUUAUGAUAUGUGACAAAUCCCCAUAAUUAUCAUUAAUAUCUGCAGUUAUCGUACUCGUAUUUUGACAAGCCGCUGCUCAUGAAAUCGCAGAGUUUAUACAUACCACAAUUAUGUUCCUUGAGCAUAACCAACGCGCUCGAAAAACACUGUCUCUGAGAGCUAGAAACUCUCGUUGCGUGUUCGCUGUUCACGUGAAGGUGAGAAGAACUUGAAAUAUUUUUCUGCAAUGUCUCCUAAUCGUUUGCGCUUCCAAUUUUAAUAUCAAUUUCAAAUUGGGAACAUUUUCUCACGCAUAAAUAGUUACUUUCUUACGACUCCUAAGAUUUUAGCAUUCGAAACCGUUAUAUUUAUUGAGAGUUAAGCGAAAAAUCUCGGUCUUCUCACUUGUAGCACCAGCAUCUAGUACUCACUAAAUGAUACAGGCCUUGCUUGAUCAUCCAUUUUCUGGACACAAUGCUAAUGAAUUAUUACUGCGUGAUUCUCGAGCAUUAAUGUAUUGAAUAAAGUUCUAUUGAUUGUAACGAAUAGAAUCAAUAAAUUCAAUUAGGAUACUCAAAAUUGUGCGUUUGGGCAUCUAAUUUGCAUUUCUUGCUGAGCGAUAAGCAUAAAAGAAAAUAUUAUAAAUUAUUACAUUGAUAAAAAAAUAUACGCGUUGGGGCACCUAGUAGCUGCAUCGCAUCGUCUCCAGACGAUCUUAGGAAAUCGCAAUGGUUAACUGUGUUAUGUAGAACAAUUAUUGAUAUCAUAAUGGUUUUGUGUUCACGUAUGUGGGCGACCUUGUACUCAUAUACAGUCGAUGUUCCACUAUUAUGCUCUUUAGAUUUAAAUGUGUCCGCCCCAAUUAUAGAUAUUUUAUGAUGGUAA